GUUCGGCAAGAGCUUCUCUCUCGAGGGUUCGUGGAGCUGGAUGUCGACUCCAGAUCAGACUUCGACUUUAAGUGGGGACCUCGAGUGAAGGUGGACUGGAAAACUCUGUCGAGUCCGAAGCUUGUGAACCAUUUCGAGUGUGACUCCGAGCUGACGACAAAGUCAGGCUUAGCUGAGAACCUGCAGGCAGCUUCCAGCCCAGCCGACUCCAGAAGCUUCUACCCGGCGUGCUUCCCCCUGGACAGAGCGUCGGCAUUGCAGGAGUUUGCACUGGAGUUCAAAUACUCCAAAGCAUGCUGCGUGCUGAAAGAAUGGCUCGAUCAUCAAUCUACGAAAGCGAAGGAGACCUUCCAAGAAGGCGUCGUUCGCACGGCUUUGCGCGUGGUGAAGCGCCGGUUAACGGACAUCGAUUCCAAGCUCUCUAGUGACACAAACGAAGCUGAACAGGUGGACUUUCGGGUCAAGCGCAAGGAGUGGGACAUUCUGUUGGCCGCUGAUUUCGAGACACCUCAGACCAAUGUGGCCUCCACCGACUGGCAGAAUGAGAAGCAGCGGCGAAAACAGCUCAACGAGAAAGGCAAGCAGCUCAUCGAGCAGUAUGACAGGAAGCUCCAGCAGUUUGCAGAGCAGGCAAAGGCGAAGCGCCGUCGGAGCACGAAGAAAUUAAAGGCAUCGGAAGAGGAAAAAACACUGGCCGGGUCUGGGACCUUAGAGGAAGAUGAACCAGAAGACAAGGAGGAAAACGAGGAUGUCGAGCCAGAAGAGGAGGAGCCCUGCGAACCGCUGGAAGAGCCGACCGGCACCGAACUGCGACAGGAAGUCGAGGAGGUGAUCGAAUUUUUGAAGCACCACCCGCAGUUCAACCUCAAUCGGCGCAAUGUCUGGAUCCUGAAGCCUGCAAACAGCUUGCGAGGCCACGGCAUCAUCGUAGAAAAUGACCUCGACCGGAUCUUCCAGCAAGCCCGUAAUAAGACGUGCACGUACGUGUGCCAGAAGUACAUUGAGAAUCCUUUGCUGAUCGGGGCGCGGAAGCAUGACAUCCGCCAGUGGGUGUUGGUGACCUCCGUCAACCCGUUGACGAUCUACUUCUACAGUGAGUGCUACAUUCGUAUUGCAGCGAACGAGUACACUCUGGAUGACUUUGCCGACCGCUUCACGCAUCUGACGCACACCAUCAUCAUGAAGCACCAUCCGAACUUUAAUCCGGAUGAUGAAGACUGGCGCUGCCAAUGGACUCAGGAGAGAUAUCGUCAGCUUCUGCAAGAGACAGCUGGUCGGGAUGUUUGGGCAGAGAAGGUCCGCCCGGCCAUGCAGCAGGUGGUCAUUGCCUCGCUGCAGAGCGUUGCCGAAGUUUUAUCAAGGCCUCACAACAGCUCCUGUAGCUUCCAGCUGUUCGGCUACGACUUCAUGGUGGAUGCAGAUUACAACGUCUGGCUUCUGGAGGUGAACGACAUUCCGAUGAUGCAGGCGUCCGGCCCAGUGACCAGCCGCCUUUGCGAUGCUUGCGUCCGCGAUGCUAUUGGCAUCGCCAUUGAUGGCCCUCCUCCAGACAGGCAUGAGCCCGCCGAGCCCGGGACGCUCAAGUUCGAGCUCAUCUAUGAAGGACCCAAGAUUCCAAAGCUGCCUGGACUCCAUGCAGGCGUGGAUCUCUCCAUAGACGGGCAGAAGAUCAGUUUGCCGAAAAGAGCAGCAGGCACACCGCAACCUUCUCCACAAAGCCUGGUUCGCCUCAGCGCCCGGCGGGUACAGGAGCUGCAAGAUCUGGUCGACAGAAGGCGCCACCGUGAAGACCAGGAGCUCCAGAAGAAGGCCCGCCAGCAGCGACUGCGGCGACUGCUUGCUAAGAAACUCCUCGGUCCGAAGAGUACAUCGUCCCCGUGCUUGAAUGAGUGGAAGGCCAUGCAGUCCGAUGGCGACGAGCCAGCACCACCGCCCAUGGUUGUGGCCGGAGGUCCUCCGCCGUCCUUGUGCCAAGAGCUUGAGACCGGCUUGUCACACCUUCGUGCGCUUCGCAUUGUCCAGCGUCCUUGGGCUGGUCUUCUCUUCCACUGCCACGGCACAACCCUUGGGACCAGACCUGCCUCGACUGUCGAGGAGGCUUUGAUAGAAAUGGCAAGGCACAUGCUGCACACUGACCUGCCACAUGGAUUCAGCUCUGGGCCGCUGUGCAGGGCAAGCAAUUUCCGGAACAUGGCCCCUGCAGUCAUCACGAUUGGUGUCCAGGAAGUAGCAGGGGCAAGAACCUGUUUCCCUCUCAUCCUCAUAAACUUCAGCAAAGCAGCAGCAAGCAAAGAGUGUGCGGCGCGCGUUCGGAGGCCAACGGGCUUCGGGGCUAAAAGCUUGGAGUUUGAGGCUAUGGAGGCAACCCGCAGUCCUGGCGCCGGUGGCAGCUAUGCCAGGAAGGCACAGUUCGGCGACACCAAGAGCAAUACCGAGCGAAAGAGGUUGCUCACCGACAGAAAUGCCUACAUUGCAUACUUGGAGAAUCAAGUGGAGCGCUCCAACACAGCCUUGAUGGAGGUUGAGGCGGCUGCCUCUGACCUUCGGCUGCUGCGAGGACGUGUGGACGACCUCGAGGAGAAACUCCACAGCUCCGGCCGUACGUUGGAGCUUCUCCAGGCUCAAAGUGUCCAGAUGUACGAGGCAUCACAGUCAGACCGCCACGAUGCAUUGGAGCAGAUGCACCGUCUUGAAGGUCGAGCACUGCGGCUGGAACAGGCUUUGGCUGAGGGACGCAAUGUGGUUGAAGCAGACAUGUCCAGACUUCGAAAUGAGCUCUCUCUGGGGGUGCAAGAUCUGGGCCAGCGUGUAGACGAUCGACUGAGGGUUCUAAAAGAACGUUUCGACGAGCGGCUGCACGCCCUCCAGGCGGCCUCCAGUGAUGAGGCCACGGUGGUCAUCCGCGAGGCUCAGGCAACUUGCGUGCGGUUGGCUGAUGAUGUGUUGGGCGUGGCAGAAGGCUCACAGAAGAAGGUCGAGGAGCUGGCCGGGCAAGUAGGUGCGUCGCAGCGCCGUCUCGAAGACUUGGAGAGGCAGACAGAGGCUGGCCUUGACACCCUCCGUGCCGAGAAUGUCGCAGUGCGCGCAGAGCUGGCAGGGCGAUCCGCGCGGUGGCAUGAUGGCCAGAGCGGGAGGGCAGAAGGCUCCUCCGCGCCGUUGGAGCCUACAGAACGGCGGGAGCUCCCAGCUGCAUCUCCGACUGAGGAGCUUGCUGAUGCUGUCGAGCGCCGGCUGACAUCCCGUUUGGGGCUACAGGUUCUUCAGCUCAGCGAAGUCCUACAGCGUGUGGUGCAGAGCCAGGCGACGUUGACACAGCAGCUCACCUCAGGUCCAGCUGGGGCCAAAGCCAAGGCUCGCAGCUCGAGGUCGGUGGAUGGUUUGAAGCCAAUCUCGGCAUCUUGUGCCGAGCCCCGUGCAGCCUCUGAGGACCGAAAGCAAGCCAUCGAGGAGCUUUACAAGGAGCUCCGGCAACUGGAGGCUGAAGUCCCUUCGAGGGCGCGGCGGUUCUGA